AUGUCAGAUGGGGUUGAUGGUGGUGGUGGGGAAAACGAGGUAGACUCUCAUUCUUCUUCGCAAGCCGAGGCCGGAGACUCUUCCAAUCACAGGGAGGAGGAAGCGCUGGAUCCCGACAACGAAGCAGCUCUCAACACCAAUUAUGACAGUAGCGACGGAGCUGUCCCUGCAUUUAGAUGUGAUAGGUGCGACAAUUAUGAAACUAUAAACAAGACAGCUUUCUCGGCUCACCAGGAUCAAUGUCUGGCGAGUGGCGAGGCCGGGGAGAGCGCUGAAGGAAUAGAGGGAACAGAAAAUGACGGGGAUGGAGAGGAAGGCCACUCGGGGAUCAGAUCUCACAGAAAGAUGUUUGAAUGCGACGUCUGCAAUAUGAAAUUUUCCAACGGAGCCAAUAUGAGACGGCACAAAAUGAGGCAUACUGGCGUGAAACCAUACGAAUGUCGGGUAUGCCAAAAGAGAUUUUUUCGGAAGGACCAUCUCGCUGAGCACUUCACGACGCAUUCGAAGACCUUGCCAUACCAUUGCCCGAUAUGCAACCGAGGUUUCCAAAGACAGAUCGCGAUGCGCGCUCACUUUCAAAACGAGCAUGUCGGCCAGCACGAUAUGGUCAAGUCGUGUCCUCUCUGCAAUUAUCGCGCGGCAACCAUGAAAUGCCUUAGGUUGCACUUCUUUAAUAGGCACGGAAUAGAUUUAGAUAAUCCAGGACCAAAUAGCUCUACGUCCAUAAUGAAUAGUUGCACGUCUGGGGAGGCUAUGCCUUCGGCACCCUUGUCCGAUAGCGGAGACAGCACCGGAAACCGCUCGACCGAUAACGCCACGCCGCCCAUGCAUUUCCUCACGCCUCACGUAGAGAUAUCCAUUCCUUAUCCUGAGCAGGCUGCCAAUCAGCGGAAUCCCAGUCCCGCCCCGUUGAAUGGGGACAGUCCCAAUAGCCCGCAGAGCGCCGACAGCAACAGCAACGCACCGAGCAGUAGUCAUCAUCAAUUACCUAUCAACAGUAGCACCAUUCACAGGAACGUAGGGGGAAGCGACGAGGCCAUCACACCGUCGAUCUCUCUGAUACCUAUCAAGCAGGAGCCGAACAGCAACGGCAUGGACGACAGUGGGGCGACGUCGAGCAAUCUGCCGUUACCCUCGCUGAUCAAGGUGUCGCCGUUGAAGUCGUUGCUGCGCGACGAUCUACGUCGUAAGCUGUCUACGAGUUCCACUAACAACAACAGCAGCAGCAACAGCGGCGGCGGCGCGAAUUCGAGUCCGCACUCGAGAGGCGAGCCUCCCACCUCGACCAGGCCGGAUCGCACGAGCGGCCUCCAGUGCACUCACUGUCGCAUUACGUUUCCGGAUCAGACGUUGUACUUCCUCCACAAAGGUUGUCACAGCGAAAGUAACCCGUGGAAGUGCAAUAUUUGCGGAGAGCAGUGCUGCAAUCUGUACCAGUUUAAUUCGCAUUUACUGAGCAAGAGUCAUCAGUAGCUGGUAGAAAAAAAAAUAGGAAAAGAGAGAGAGAGUAUAUUCGCGACUCUAAAAUUCGUCUUUCCUCUUUUUGGUUCUUUUCGAUCUUUUCCUUCUUCAUGAUGAAUGAAGCAGCGGCAGGAGAACUCGGUACGUAUGUCAGUUACGUACGUUUAGUGUUCAUUACCGUGAGGAUGCAAACAUUUUCUGCGACGUGCCCAGACAUACUUCUCGCCAAGAGCACUCUCUCUUUCGAAAGAAACCGCAACAACGCGCCGCCCUUGUCCUGCCGAGGCAUAACGGUGAGUCAAUUGCACGUUGCAUCAUAAAUGAAAUUGUAAAUUGUAACUCUCGAGAAUUCGAAGGGGAGGGUAUGUCUGCUCUCUCAGAAAAUAAUGUACAAAGUGUGACAAAUCGUGCCUUUUCUUUGAGGGGAAAAGAGGAAGGAAAAAA